AUGAUGGGGCACAACAAGGAGAAGCGUUAUAAGUGCGACGUGUGCGGCAAGGCCUGGCAGCACCCGAGCAAGCUGGAGACCCACCGGCGGGUGCACACAGGCGAGAAGCCCUAUGGCUGCACCACCUGCGGCAAGAGUUUUGCCUGGUUGUCGGGGCUGCGGGAGCACCAGCAGGUGCACAGCAGUGAGCGGCCCUUCACCUGCUCCGACUGCAGCAAAGGCUUCAAGUCGUACAGGGAGCUGAAGGCGCACAGGCGGGUGCACACUGGGGAGCGGCCCUACACCUGCUCCGACUGCGGCAAGGGCUUCACCCAGUCCUACCCCCUGCUGGUGCACCAGCGCAUACACACCGGCGAGCGGCCCUACACCUGCACCCAGUGCGGCAAGGGCUUCACAUGCUCCACCAGGCUCCUGACCCACCAGCUGGUACACUCCGGCGACCAUCCCUUCCCCAGGCACUUUGGCUGCUCCGACUGCGGCAAGGACUUCAAGGGGGCACAUGACCUGAAGGCCCACCGGCGGGUGCACACGGGCGAGAGGCCCUAUGGCUGCUCCACAUGCGGCAAGAGCUUUGCCCAGUUGUCGGGGUUGUGGGAGCACCAGCGGGUGCACAGCAGUGAGCGGCCCUUCACCUGCUCCGACUGCAGCAAAGGCUUCAAGUCGUCAACGGACCUGCUGAGGCACAGGCGCGUGCACACCGGGGAGCGGCCCUACACCUGCGCCGACUGCGGCAAGGGCUUCACCCAGUCCUACCCCCUGCUGGUGCACCAGCGCACCCACACCGGCGAGCGGCCCUACACCUGCACCCAGUGCGGCAAGGGCUUCACAUGCUCCACCAGGCUCCUGACCCACCAACAGGUACACUCCGGCGACCAUCCCUUCCCCAGGCACUUUGGCUGCUCCGACUGCGGCAAGGACUUCAAGGGGGCACAUGACCUGAAGGCCCACCGGCGGGUGCACACGGGCGAGAGGCCCUAUGGCUGCUCCACAUGCGGCAAGAGCUUUGCCUGGUUGUCGGGGCUGCGGGUGCACCGGCGGGUGCACAGCAGUGAGCGGCCCUUCACCUGCUCCGACUGCGGCAAAGGCUUCAAGUCGUCCAAGGACCUGAAGCAGCACAGGCGGCUGCACACCGGGGAGCGGCCCUACACCUGCGCCCAGUGCGGCAAGGGUUUCACCCAGUCCAACCACCUGCUGAUGCACCAGCGUACCCACACCGGCGAGCGCCCCUACACCUGCACCCAGUGUGGCAAGGGCUUCAGCUGCUCCACCAGGCUGCUGUACCACCAGCGGAUGCACUCUGUCGACCGUCCCUUUCCCAGCCCAGUGUGUGGAGAGAGCUUUGCCAUGGCCUCUCAUGCCCUGUCUCACCAGCGGGUGCACACCAGUGGCCAGCCCUACGACUGCCCGCAUUGCAGGGAGGCUUUUGACAGCUCGCGGGGGUUGCGGCAGCACCGGCGGGCCCACGCUAGCGAACGGCUGCUGAAGCAAGGGUGUCAAGAGCGCACGGGGGCUGCGGGAGCACCAACGGAUGCACACCAGAAAGAGACCCUUUGUAUGCGCUGAAUGUGGCAAGGGUUUCACCCGCAUGUCCAGCCUGUGGCAGCACUGGCGUACCCACAGCAGUGAGCAUCCCUUCCCACAUCACAUCAAUUGGCUAUGGUGUCAUCAUUGUGUUGGAGAGGCAGUAUAAUAAAUAUUGAACUUGAUGUAACUGAGAAACUACAGGAGGAGACUGCAUUAGCAAGAUCACACAACAUUGAUGCGGAGGAGAUAAUGGGGGUGUUUAGCUCAUCGAAACAGAAAUCUCCCAAUGCCACCAUGUGUUAUUUGUCAUGUAAGAUGCGGGCCUGCAAGAAUAAAACAGUCAAUUACCUUGAUAAUCUCGAGGAGCAUCGUAGGGAGGAGGUGCUCUAAGGCAGUGACAUGGGGGAGAGUGCAGAGGAACAGACGGAAGAAAAAACAGAAGGAAUUGAGAGCACAAAUCGUCAAGCGACAGAAAGGCAAGGAGCAUGCUCAGUACACGCAAGAGGAAAAAAUUAGGGAGAAAAUGGAAAGAGACUGAUUUAAACAGCAUUCGCAGAGAUUAUCUGAAUUUUAACUACUCCAAAUGUGAUGAUCUACAGGACAUUCUUAAUGGGAAAGUAGUGGGCAGAAAGGCAUGUCAUGCGUGGUUUGAGGAGCAAAAACUUGUAGUUUACAAUGCCAAAAUUGACAAGUUGAGGAAAAACAAGGUGCACAGAGUUGCUUAUUGGUUGCAAUCUGAGGAGUAUGAUGAUGCUACUGAUUUUUAUAUACCUAUGUACCAGCUAGCAGGUGAUCUUCUCCAUAAAGACUUGCUCUUUUGCUAGAAAUUGUAAAUUAUUUACCUAUCUAUAACGGACUUAGAACAUAUAAUACAAUAAUAUUAAAGUUCUGAUCUUGAGAAUAUCACAUUUUUGAAUUUUCAAAGUAGUCUGGGUGUUUAUUACUAUUUCCGUCACAACGGUCAAUUUUGUAAUUAGCUACAAUGAAGUAACUAACUAAUUAUAUGCUUUCAUUUCAGGUCAUCCAAGUAAGAUUUUUUCAUAUUUGUUUCAGAAUGCUUCAAUCUAUAAUAACUGAAAAUGUCAUUCAGUUCUCCUUUUAUUUUUAAGAAAGUUAUGGGCUUUUGACUGUCCUUGAUCACAGCUUCUGAGUUAAGUCAAUGGAAAAGCAAUAGGGAACAAGAUGCUAAUUUCCGAGUAUGAAAAUGGCUAUCACUUUUUAAAUACUGAAGAUAUGAAAGUGAAUUAGGUGUCAUAUUAAACUUCUUUUUAUGCUUUAUCUGAUGGGAUCAAUUGCAGACUUAAUUUUUUAAAUCUCAAAAUUUGCUACUACAAGUGCAGUGCUUAAAUUUCCAAGAGUUACGCACCAUGCCAUUGACCUAAUAACUCUGGUUUUGAAUGACUUGAGCUGAAGAAUCUCCAUGUUGUGAUUCUGAUGUCCAUUGUGGCAAGUGAGAGUGAGGGUGAUCAGAUCACCAACCUCAGAAUCUCUUUUCUCUUCUUCAACAGAAAAAAGUAGUGCUUAUCAACCAUAAUGCCACCUGCAUGACUAUGCAUUAAGUUGGAGGCAGUAAUGGGAGAGCACAGGAACAGCUCAUUCUGGACAAGUUUGGGUUGAGAAUAUACAAACUUUACCAUGCGUGAGUUUGGAUGUAUAUCUCACCUGAUGUUAUUUUUUGCCCAACACAUAUUAUGUUACUGCAUAAAAAUGGGGAGAAUCCUGUGUGAGUGUGAAAGAUACAUCUUCUAGAUGUGCUGGGACUCAUCCUCAGUAAUGUGACCUGGGGUCAUCGGGUGUUUUGGGUCUCACAACAUCAGACACCCUCGCCCAGGUGACCAGCCGUGGUUGAUCAAGCCCCGACUUACGUCCCAGCAGCAAACGCCCACGGAUCAGCCCUCUUAAAUAUUAU